ACUUCCAAUCCUUUUGUGUUCCAUAUAACUACCGCGUUUGGGCCCUUGACAACUUAGCAACGUACCACCAUGAACAACUUCACGACUACCCUACUGAUACUUACAGUUCUGGUCGUUCUCCUUCCCACUGAAACAUAUGCAUUUGGUGCAGGAGAUAUUCCUGACUUCGCGUACCUGAACGGUGAGCACCAUUGCAAUCGCUCCAGACUCCGUGAAACUUAUGAAUUGUUGGGUUCCCUAGGCAAAGCAUUCCGUCAUGGAGACAUCGAGGGCAUUCUAAGCGAGCUCGCGAAGACAGCCGGGCAUGCAGCGGGUGGGGGAGGACUUCUUGGUUUUGCGCAGUCGAUGAUCAGCGCCGCAUCUGGCGGGGCUAAGUUCUCUAAGGAAGAUGUGAAGAAAGUCUACUUUGGCAACUGGUUAAGAGACUAUUCGCAGGCGAUGGAUAUCGCAGGGCUUUCCAAACUUACUGCAGAUACCCUUGUCCUUAUCGUAGGCGUGUUAGGCUUCUUGACCUUCGGUUACGCGACGGAUGAGUACCAGAUAACCGCAGAUCGCCUUGGUGUAUAUCUCCCGGUUGAACACAUAGACAAUCCGAAAGGAUAUGCUGAGAAGGAGGGCGAUGCCCGUCAAAUCCACCCCAGGCUUCGACCUCCCGUCAAUCCAGAAGAGCUGGAGAUUGAUCCAAACACUGGAAUGAAGAAUUACAUGGCUACCGAGAACCGAGGCUGGGAUACCUCCACCGCACACAUUAGACGUACACUUGAGGCUUGUAUCGACCAUGGCCGCCGUGCCCGUGGUCAAGAGGGCGCAGAUCUCUGGGAGGCGUACCGUCUGCUGGGUUCAGGUCUUCAUACCCUUGAGGAUCUCCUCGCACAUAGUAACUGGUGUGAGAUUGCACUUAGGAAGAUGGGCCAUGAAGAUGUUUUUUGCCAUGUUGGCGAUAACGUAAUUGUUGAUACACCCAAUGGACCCGCGCCUCCCUUAGUGACUGGAACAUUCGGCAGUGCGGACUUCAUCCAUUCAUUGAUGGGCGAAGCAACCGACCAUUUGAGUCAAGCUAGCGUAGUCGAUCUGUCCAAACGCAUGAACGCCGCUUCGCAAGGCGACGAUAGCUCCUUCAGCAACCUCAAAGACAUUCUACACAAGCUUCCUAUUGGCGGCGAAGGCGAUGAGGAUUCCAAGAUGAAUGAAGCUGACCAGAUGAAGGCCCAAUCUAAGGCGUACGAAUUCAACCCUGAUAACAUCGCUCCUCCCGAAGUGCAGGAACAGCUACUGAACCUCCUGAAAUGGAGAGACGACGUUUACAGGCAGGUUUUGAAGAAAAUCGAGAUGAUUCCUGGCCUGGAAGAUCUGAUUGAUGCCUUGACCAAUGCUCUGAACGCAUAUGUCUAUACCAUCUUAGCUCCGUACCUGACUCCUCUUCUACAACAAGUCACCACCGUGCUUGGCGAGGGAAGUAAAGCGGUCAUCGACUCCGAUGACCAGUUUGAGGUCUUCAACAAUCCUAAUGCUUCCGACCCGUCACACAGUCUGUUGUCGAAGGAUCACUUCGCUUUAAUUCUGAAUGAGCCUGCUGGGAAAAUCGCGCAGGCAGUGGUCCAGUAUUCCGUCCAACUCCUUGUUGAGUCAUGGUUUGACGAUAAUGUUGACCCCAACCAAGUCAUCGACCAGAUCUUGGAAGCCUUCCAUCACCCAUAUCAUGCCACCGGCCAGUCUCGCAUCCAACAACAAAUGUUCGAAGAGAUGGAGAAGUGGAUCGGUGCGCUCGGUCCAGAGGAGGCUGAACGAACUCUGCAGGCUCUUACCAAGGAAAGCGUGAGAGAGGGGCAGAACAAACGCCAAGGCUCUGACGAUGACUUGACUCAAUCUGAUCAAGUCUAUGGAGGCGGCCUCACUAGCACUCAAGGCGGCUAUCGUACCUCUGUAAACCAAAGUUAUGGAGGUUCGCAGAUCCAAGGUCAAGGUUCAUAUGGAUCGUCAGGACAGGGCUACAAUACCUCAGGAGGCCAGGGAUCUUCCCAGGCGGAGUAUAAUAGUGGAUCAGGCGGUGGGUACGGACAAAGUCAAGAGUCCUCUUAUGGCCGACAGCCUUCUCAAUCAUAUGGCGACUCUGGCGGCUAUGGGUCUCGUAGGGACGACGGACGUUCCUCUCGCAGACAAGAACCUAGCUAUGGCUCUGGAGGGACCGAGGGUUAUGGCUCAGGCGAUAGAAUCAGAGUCGAGGACACUCCAGUAAUCGCAAAUUAUGGUACUCCUGCCGGCUAUAGGCCUUCUGAAACCCAGGGAAGAGCCGGAACCGAAGGCUAUAGCUCCGGAGGUUAUGGAGCCGGCAGGACUGAGCGUUACUCCGGCUCAGAUGCAACAGAAGAACAUCACCAUGGACGCAAGCAUUAUGAAGAAAGCGAGACCCGUGGUGAUUCUUACGGCUCCAGUGGUGGUUAUGGUGGUAGCACCCAUGGUUCCAGCGAUACCUACGGCUCUCGCCGUCGUGAAGAGGGUGGAUACGAUGCCCCCUCUCAGCUAUCUGGUGGCUAUGGAUCGACUACAUCCGAGUUCGCUCGCUCGGGCGGUGACGACGAGUACGGUUCAGGUAGGCAUCGCACACAGGACCCGUAUAGUAACUCUGGGUUUGGUCAAGAGGAUAGACAGAGGGAAAGCGCGCCUAGCGUCUCUUACAACCGUGAUGACUCUUCUGGUUACGGCGGGCAGGAACGCGAGCGUGGCAGCGUCAGCGGUCAAACGUAUGGCUCUUCGGGUUAUGGUCGACCGGAGGAGACUUCAACCUAUGGUGAAGGCCGCCGACAGCAGGGGUAUGGCGAUGAGAGCUCUGGCCGAGGAGCAUACGGGUCCUCUGGCUAUGGAGGAGGAUAUGGAGGAACCGCUCGCAGCUCCGAGUACGGGUCGUCUGAGCCUCACCAGGGCCGUCAUCGUGGCAGAGAUGACGCGGGAGGCUCUGAUGUUCAGUCUGGAUACGGAAACGAAGAUCAUGGACGCAGAGGCGGAUUCGGGGGAGGAUACGGUGAACGCGGUGAAACUUUCGGUGCCGAGAAACUCAAAUUGGAUUCAGACUCUGACGAUGAAGGUCGACAUGGAAAGCACAAGAAACAUCACCGUAAAGACUCUGAUUAAGCUCAAUGAAAUACGAUGUGUCGUAAAUGUGUACAUUAUGGACUGUAGAGGCUGUAGACGUAUCAAUGAACUUAGUGACCGGGAUGGUGAGCAUGCUCUUGGUAUGACCUUCCAAACCGGUCCAGCGCUUUCGCUGAACGGCGUUGUGGCGUCCGUGAUGGGGCUUCUGCGUCUUCUUGUUCGUCGUAUAGUACUUAUCAGUGACUCGCAGGUGUUCAUUAACAAUGUCGUAUUCAUAUCGUACGUCCUCCUUUUACGAUUCAAUGGAGUGAUUACACGCUUCCUAUAGCCUAUUGCAUGCGUUGUCGAUCGCAGUGAUCAGUGAAGCAUACUCCGAGUGCAUGGACGCCACCUCCCAGGUCAAACGUCAAUAAGCCAUCUAUCAUGGA